GGCAAUCUUGGGCAUGCCGGCUUCGGGUUCACAGGUUGUCGGAAGUAAGGCUGGCGAGUCGACGGCGAAGGAAAGGAGGCCGGAGGUCCAGCUCGGGCACGGAGAAGGAAGCACGGCAGGCAGAGGCAGUAGUUGGCAGGGUCGGCUAGGUCCCAGUCCUGGAUUGAAGGAAGGAGUCGGAAUCGGUCAAGUUGUUUAUGGCCGGUGUCACGCAUGGAAGAGGGAGGCCGGUUGGAGAUGCCAGAGUCGAUCGAUGUCGAGCGGCUAUGUGCGAACGGGAGAGAGAUGAGCGAAUCAGAAAGAGCUUUGGUUUCGUCUCUAUUUUUGUAGGUGUGAACAAGAGAAUGUCGAGUAGUAUUGAACAGGCUAGGAAGGAAUUUGCUGAAUUUGAGGAGAAAGUUAAGAGGUCCGUGCUCCUUUCCAAUCUUUCCCCUGAGGUUACAGCUGCAGUGCUAAAAAUGGCUCUUGAACAAUUUGGGAAUGUUGUCAAUAUAGAGUUCGUUCCAAACUUGACAAUCCCUUAUGACAUGCCACAAUGUGCUUUGGUGGAAAUGGAGGAUCCUGUAAAGGCACGUAAAGUAAUCAAGACAAUGAAGGACUUCCCUUUCAUGAUUUCAGGGAUGCCUCGUCCUGUAAGCGCACAUCCUGCAAAAGCUGAGAUGUUUUCUGAUCGCCCUCCUCUGCCUGGUAGGAAGAUAAACUUCCGCUGGGUCGACAAGUCCAGUCCUGACUUUGAGGUUGCAGAGAGGCUUAAGAGGUUGUGCAGUAGGCAUGGCAAAGAAAGCCUGGCGCUCGCUCAGCUCCAGUUGGAAGAAGAAGAGAAGCUUGCAAAGCAGCAGGAAGAUAUGGUAAUGGCUAACUACAAAAAACAUGAGAUGAUAGAACUGUUAUUGCUGGAUGGUAUUGCUGCAAAGUUAGCACAUCGUUAUGGUAUUGAUUUAUCUGAAGAGUGAGCUACUUCUCAACACAUCAAACAAAAUGUAAAGUUGCAGCUCAAGUUUGUAAAUCUGCUAUUCAAUCGGUUUGAAUUUGCGUAGACCGUCAUGUUUCUGUUACCUGUAUGCUAAUCACACAAAAUUUUAAUAGAUCUUUGGAUCUUUUUUGUAGAAUUGUUAUGAAUGUUGAAUAGCAGAAAUUCAUUGAUGAGAUUCUUCAAUCAUUUGUAUCCAUUGAUGCUUUUUGAUA